AUGGCCAUUUCUAUGUCUAGAAAGAAAUCUAGAGCAUCUAAGAAAGCAGAAAGGCAAGAACUUUGUUCCUGUUUUACAAUUUGGUUUAAACUUCUAUAUCGAAUCCCAGCUGUAGCUGUUCUUUUGAUCCUUAUCUUCCUAUGGUCCUCCUCCACAACCAUCAUCUCUGGCAACAUUGUCCAUGUUUGCAUUUCUUCGCGGAAACUCAAUAAUCUCUAUUGCCUGUCUGCAGGUUCUCAGCCUAACUUUGAAAUCCCAAUUCCUAGUGUCAACAAUAGUUCCAUUAGUUCUAGCCUCAAUGGCAUUUUGGAUGACAAUUCAAGCACCAAUGGCAGCGUCAGCAACGAAAACACCCUAGUCAGUUCUGUUACCACCAACAAGAACGUAAACGAGAUUGUCAAUGAUGUUAAGGAGGAGCCAAAUCUGACUGUGACAGAAAGAAUCAACAAUAACAGAGAUGAGGAGCUUGAAAAUGCCAAGAAGGUUGUCAAGGAGGAACUGCAAUUACAUCGAUCAUGGAUGUCGAAUACGAAUCCUGCAGCCUGUGAUGGAAGGGGAAUAUAUGUCUAUGACCUUCCAUCGAAGUUCAACAAAGACUUGUUAGGUCAAUGUCGAGAGAUGAUUCCGUGGACCGAUUUCUGCAAAUAUUUUGAUAAUGAAGCUUUUGGCAAGCCUAUUGAAAAAUUGGGCAAAGGCUGGUAUCUAACUCAUCAGUACUCACUAGAGCCUAUAUUUCAUUCAAGAAUUUUAAAGCAUCCUUGCCGGGUUUACAAUGAAAAUGAAGCCAAGCUCUUUUAUGUUCCUUACUAUGGUGGAUUAGAUAUCUUAAGAUGGCAUUUCAAGAAUGUCUCUAAUGAUGUUAAAGACACUUUGGCAUUAGAGCUCCUCAAGUGGCUUGAAUCAAGAAAGACCUGGCUUCAGAAUUCUGGUAAAGAUCAUGUCUUUGUUCUUGGUAAAAUAUCAUGGGACUUCCGGAGAAAAAUUGAUUCUUCCUGGGGGACUAGAUUCUUACAGCUGCAGCAAAUGCAGAACCCAGUAAAACUCUUGAUAGAACGACAACCAUGGGACGUCAACGACAUUGGAAUUCCACAUCCUACAUUUUUUCACCCACAUUCAGAUGAUGAUAUUGUUGCCUGGCAGCUAAAGAUUAUUCGAACAACUCGAAAGAACCUAUUGACUUUUGCUGGGGCAGCAAGGCCUGAUCAACCUGAGAGCAUAAGGUCAAUAUUGAUCAAUCAAUGCACUUCAGCUGGAGAUAAGUGCAAAUUCUUGAAUUGCAAGUCAGGUGGAUGUGACCGACCUGAAACAAUUAUAGAGCUCUUUGCAGAAUCCGAGUUCUGCUUACAGCCUCCUGGUGACAGUCCAACAAGAAAGUCAGUGUUCGAUUCGCUUAUUUCCGGUUGCAUACCAGUACUUUUUAAUCCUUUCACAGCUUACUACCAGUAUCCAUGGCAUUUACCUGAGGAUCAUAGUAAAUACUCGGUGUUUAUAGACCAAGAAGAAGUGAGACAAAUGAAGGUGAAUGCAGUGGAGAGACUAAUGAAUGUUAGUAUAAAGGAAAGAGAGGAUAUGAGGAGGUAUAUAGUAUACGAACUAUUGCCUGGGCUAGUAUAUGGGGACUCAAGUUCUCAGCUUGACAAAUUUCAGGAUGCAUUUUCUAUUACAGUGAACAAUCUGCUUGAGAGAGUCAACAGAUUGCAAUGAAUUGUAUAUUUGGAGUCGAGAUUCUUU